UUCUUACUGGCUCCCUAGAAACCUCCCUAGAUAUCAUCGUUAUUUGCAUGCUGCCUUUCAAUAGUUAAAAACCAUGCUCGAGGCGGCUUACGACAUGGCAAUAUUUACAUAAUUACGCAAAUGCACUCAUAAGAAACCGUAUCAAAGCGCCCACAACGAAAUUAAGCAAUCCCCACACAAGUUAUAACGAGAUCUAUAAAGAGUAGUAUAAUAUCACGAACAGCAAGAUGGACAUAAACAAAAUAAAAUCUUGACUCCAACAACCCCACCCAGCCUAAAUCUCCCGCGCGCACCGAUGCCCACGCAGGCAUUUCCAGCAGCUCUUCCUCCUCCGCCUCUUUUUGCGUUGCCGGCAAAGAAGGAACGAGGAAGAAAAGGCGCAGCGGCGAAGAAGCGCGCCUUCUCAGAAUGCCACGGCUGCUGAGGACUACAUUUCCCAGAAUGCCGCGGCCGCCCAGCCGAGAUGCGCCCUGAUUGGACGGCGUUGCAAAGCCGCUCGGCGCCGGGGCUGAGCGUUCGGCAGAGGCGCGCGCCAUAAGACGGGCGUCGCGCGCGGAGCCUGGCUCGGGUCGCCGAAUGCUGCGGGCGGACAUGGCGAGCUGGGCGGGACUCGGGCGCGCGCUGGGCGCCUGCUGCCUCCUGGGCCUCUUCUGCGGCGCCGCGCUGCCCUUCUCGCUGCAGGGCGCGAACGAGAAAGCCAACAUCAACGAGAGACCCAUCAACGAGAGACCCAUCAUCGGAAUAUUAGCACAGGAAACUGACUUUAAAAGCUUCCAAAAAUAUGGAAGUUCUUACAUUGGGGCAUCAUAUGUGAAGUUUAUUGAAUCUGCUGGAGCCCGGGUAGUACCAAUCAGACUGAAUCGUUCAGAUGAAGAAUAUGAUAAGAUUUUCAAUUCUAUCAAUGGGAUUCUCUAUCCCGGAGGUGGUGUUAGCCUUGAGACUUCUGAAUUUGCCAGAGUUGCAAAGAUAUUCUACAAUAAAGCACUAGAGGCUAAUGAUAGAGGGGACUAUUUUCCUGUAUGGGGGACAUGCCUGGGACACCAGCUGCUUAGCGUCCUCACUUGCGGGGAAGACCUGCUCACCUGGACUAAUACGGAUGGCUUUGCAUUGCCGCUGAACUUUACUCCAGAUGCCAAAAACAGCAGCAUAUUCCAGGAUUUUCCUGCUGAUUUGUUGCAAGUGAUGGCUUCUGAACCCUUGACAUCAAACUUCCACUUCUGGAGCCUUUCUGUGCAGAAUUUUACAAAUAAUGAGAAGUUGCGCGACUUCUAUAAGAUCUUAACAACUAAUGUUCAUAACAAUGUGGACUUCAUAUCUACCAUGGAAGCUCACGAAUACCCUGUGUACGGCGUCCAGUGGCAUCCAGAAAAAAAUUCAUAUGAAUGGAAGAACUCAACAGGCAUUCCACAUUCCCAGGCAGCUGUAAAAGUCACAUACUACAUAGCUGACUUCUUAGUCAGUGAAGCCCGGAAGAGCAACCACCAUUUUGCCAACAAAAGUGAGGAGACCAACGCACUGAUCUAUAAUUUUAACCCCGUUUUCACAGGGCCAUUUUCCUCCUUUGAUCAAGCUUAUUUCUUUGAUUAAAUUUCCAGCCAGAAAUAGGGGAGAGGCGGUCUUAGAAAUGAUGUAGCUGUGGCAUCUUUCGGGAUUAAACACACACAGUGAAUUACGAAGAGCCAAGAUGACAAGACUGCUUACAAGCUCCUUCUGAAUUAAUUUUUCCAGUCCUCUCUGUUGAAUUGCACUUUUUUUGUUCUGCUGUGGCACAAUCAGCCGACAAGAACCCCUUUGAAAACCCCAUUGAAGUCCAUGUGUCUCAAAUUAGUAAUUCAGUGUGAGGACAACAGUUGCAACCCUUACACAAGUUUUGUGAAACUUGUUAGGACUCUAUCCCACCUUUCAGACACCAUGAAACUCAAGACGCUUUUCCUCACCUUAUGUACGGCAUUGCUGCGCGGUAAAUGCUCUAAGCUUGUUUGCAGACAGGUCUUGUAAUUGUAACUGCUAGCACUUUUUAAUCCACAUGACAAAGAAAUGUUAAGUCCUCUUUUUGUGCACCAGUAUGAAAUUAAAACCUUAAUUUGAAAAUAUUGAAGAUGCCAGUCUUCAUGUGACUUGAAGCAAAUGAAUGUUCAUCUAUGAUCAGAGAAUCUCUUUCUGUUCAUAUUAAACUGUAUUAUUACUGGUUUGAUAUAAACAUGUGCAGGUAAUCAAACUUUUGAUAAAG